CCUGCUGGGCCGGUGCGUCCGCGCUGAUCCUGCAGUGAUACUGCUGUUACUGUGAUUGCUUCCGUCCUGUAGGUGCUUUUCUGCUUUGGGCCAUGUAGCAAAAGCUCGAUUCCUGCAUGAGACCAAUGAGAUUGCAGACCAAGUGUCUCGGGAAUAUGGUGGAGAAGGAACGGACUUUUACCAGGUCCGAGCUCGCCUAGCCGUGCUGGAGAAGAACUACAAGCUGGCUGAGAUGAUCUUCUUGGAGCAGAAUGCCGUUGAGGAGGCUGUGGACAUGUACCAGGAGCUGCCCCGUUGGGAUGAGUGUAUCGCUGUGGCUCAGGCCAAGGGGCACCCAGCCCUGGAGAAGCUGCGCCGGAGUUACCACCAGUGGCUGAUGGACACACGGCAAGAGGAGCGAGCCGGUGAGCUGCAGGAGAGCCAGGGGGAUGGACUAGCAGCCAUCGGCCUCUACCUCAAAGCCGGGCUCCCUGCCAAAGCCGCCCGACUGGUGCCGGCCCGGGAGGAACUGCUGGCUAACACCGAGCUGGUAGAACACGUCACGGCAGCCCUUGUCAAGGGGGAGCUGUGUGAAAGGGCCGGUGAUCUCUUCGAGAAGAUUCGAAACCCAGAGCGGGCCCUGGAGUGCUACUGUCAAGGCAGCGCAUUCAUGAAAGCGGUGGAGCUGGCUCGGUUGGCAUUCCCAGUGGAAGUGGUGAGACUGGAAGAGGCCUGGGGGGAUCACUUGGUGCAGCAGAAGCAGCUCGAUGCAGCCAUUAAUCACUACACUGCAGCCAGGUGCUCCAUUAAGGCAAUUGAAGCUGCCCUGGGCGCCCGCCAGUGGAAGAAGGCCAUUUAUAUAUUAGAUCUACAGGACCGGAACACUGCGUCCAAAUACUAUCCCCGCGUGGCCCAACACUAUGCGUCUCUGCAGGAGUAUGAGGUGAGGAGAGUCCCUUGCUGGGGCUGGAGGCAAUGCAGUACCGAAUGAGAAGAGAACCCAGAACCGGAAGUGGGGGCCCCUCACCAAAUCCUUCUUUCUGGGUCCAGCAGCACCAGCCACCCUGAGCGAGAAGAAAGCAGUUUACUUCCCUUAUUUCAUUCCAACAUAACAUAGACCCCUCUCCCAGACCUAUAAAGCGAGUCUCCAGCUCUCUUCC